AUGGCGGGCAAGAAGAAGGCGCGCGGCCAUCGAGGCGGAGGUGGUCGCGCCGGGGCCGGGCGGCAUCGGCGGGACGAGGAGGAUGAGGACGAGGAGCUGCGCGCGCAGCAGCUCGACGAGCUCACCGCCAUGUACGCGCCGCCCCCUUCCCCGCCAUGUACGCCCCGCCUCCCCGCCAUGCACGCCCCGCCUCACCGCCAUGUACGCCCCGCCUCACCGCCAUGUACGCGCCCCCCUCCCCGCCAUUUACGCCCUGCCUCCCCGCUCUCCGCCAUAUUCGCGGACGACUUUGAGCUGCGCUUGGAGCGGCCGCUGGUGGAGUACGCGCUGCUGCUGCGCCCGCACUACUCCUUCGCCGCCCACGCCAACCUCGACGCCGUCUCCCUGCACCUCGUCGUCAGGUAUGUGGCGGGGUAUCCGAGGCGGGCGCUGAAGCUGCGAGUGGAGGCGCGGGAGGGGCUGCAGCAGGAAGACGUGGUGGAGCUGGUGGCACUGCUGCACGACCAGGCAGCACGGGCGGCACGGGAGGGGCGGGUGACGGUGUUCAACCUCGCCGAGACAGCUCAGGAGUUCCUCUCUCGCCGCCUCUCCUCACUGUCACCCGCCACUCACCACCCGCUCGCUCCCACGCAGGCGGGCAGCGAUCGUGAGGAGGCAGAAGGCGAGGCGGAGAGCGAGGAGGAGCGGUGGGAGGAGGCGUGGGCGUGGGAGGACAGUGUGGACGCGGGUCUCUUCUCCGACCCCCUCUCUGCCCCCCCCCUCGCUCCCUCUGCCUGGCCCCCUGCCCCGGGGGGAGAGUGGCGAGGCGGGGAAGCAGGGCGAGGGAGGGGUGGAGGCACUCCUGCGGCUGGUGUCGGGGGUGGUGUGGGGAGGCCGGGUGGCGUGGGUGGUGGGGUGAAGAUGGGUGGUGGGGUGAAGAUGGGUGGUGGGGUGAAGAUGGGUGGUGGGGUGAAGAUGCAGAGGCAGCAGAUCGAAGAAGCAAGUGAGUCGUCACACGAGGGAGAGGAGGGGGAGGAUGACGAGGAAGAGGAGCAAGAGAGUGGAGAGGAGGAGAGCCAAGGCAGCAGCGGCGGUAGAGGGCGACAGUGGGGCAUGGGGCUGUGGCAGCAUGGGGGCGACAGUGCAUCCGAUGGAUCUGCUUCUGAUACCAUUGCCCCUUCCACUGCCCCAUCCGCGUCCAGCAGCGCGUGGCCGCUGGGGUGUUCUGCCGUGACCCUGUCGGCGUCGGGGGGAGGGGAGGAGGAUACUCAGGGGUCGGUGGGCGAGCUGAUUCGGCGAGUGAGAGAAGGGCUCCGGAGCAUGCAGGUGCUGGCAGAGGUGGAGCAGCUGGUGGGCCAUCAGAGGAGCACAGCCAGCAGAGCGAGGCACAGGGGAGCAGGGGGCGUGCGCACGCAGCAGGAGGGUGGUGGUGGUGGAGAGGACGAGGAGGAGGGGGAGGAGGACGAGCAGAGUGAGGAAGAGGAGGAGGAGGACGAUGAGGAGGAGGAGGAAGAGAGUGAAGGAAGAAGUUUUUCAACGGAUGGAGGAACGGCAGUGGGUGCAGAUGGGAGGGGAGCAGCGCAGGGAGCCACUGCAGCUGCAGCUGCGGCUCACCUGCUGCGCAUGGUCACGAGCCACAACGGCCCUCUGCCCCACGCCCUGCCUGCCCUCGCCUCUCAGCUGCACGCUCUUGAGGUGAUACCGCAGUGGGUGGCGGAUCUGCUGCACCACGACCCGCGCCUUGUCGACCGUGCCUUCCACCGCGUAUUCAGCAAGCCUGCCCGCCGCCUCACCGCGCACGCCCAUGCUGACCCAUCCGUGCAGCGGGCGCUGCAGCGGUUCUGGUCGGCCAGUGCGGAGGGCGAGGGCAGUGCUGCAGAUGCAGCAGCGCAGGCGUCAGGGUCGCGCUACCUCUCAGACUUUGAGGAGGUCGCUAUGCUGGGCAAGGGUGGGUUCGGGUCGGUGGUGCUGUGUGUGAACAAGCUGGAUGGGCGCAAGUAUGCCAUCAAGAGGAUUCCCCUCAGGGGCAAAAGCCCUGCUCUCAACUCCAAGAUCCUCAGGGAGGUGGCAACACUGUCGCGGCUGCAGCACCAGCACGUGGUGCGCUACUACCAGGCCUGGUUCGAGACCGGGGCCGGCCGCUCCACACGCCACCUGCCCGUUCACUCCCACAUGGAGGGCACAGAGGGCACGGAGGGCAGCGCGAGUCCCACUGCGAGCCCCACUGCCAGCACGUCGCUGGCGUCGGCAUCGGAGUGGCUCACACGUGAUGCAGACCUCACCCACUCUCACAGCGUGCCGGGGGGGAGGGACGGCAGGAAAGGGGGUGAGGGGGAAACGACAUACCUGUACAUUCAGAUGGAGUACUGCCCCAGGACGUUGCGGCAGGUGUUGGAGGCGCGGGGGGGGGACGAGGUGGAUGGCGCGUGGGCGUGGCGGGUGGUGCGGCAGGUGGUGGAGGGGCUGCUGCACGUGCACUCGCAGGGCAUCAUCCACCGCGACCUCACUCCCAACAACCUCUUUGUUGACCCGCGCGGGGACAUCAAGAUCGGCGACUUCGGCCUCGGUCGGUCAGACCACACCACACGCCUGCACGCUCACCUGCGUCCCCUGCAUGUUGCGUCAUCUGCAUGUUUAGUCACCAAGUUCUCGGAGCUGGGGGAGGGGGUCGAUGCUACAGAUGCUGGCGAAGAGGCAGAAAAGGAGGGGAGUCCUGAAGGGGGUGCAGAAAGGGGGGGGAGGGCGGGGGUGGGCAUGGGGGAGAGGCGGCAGUCGGCAACGGGGCAGGUGGGGACGUACUUUUACACGGCGCCAGAGGUGGAGCAGGGGUGGGCGCACGUGGAUGACAAGGUGGACAUGUGGAGUGUGGGCGUGGUGCUGCUGGAGUGUUGGCACCCCUUCCACACGGCCAUGGAGCGUGCUCACACGCUGUCAGCCCUCAAGCUGCACCGCACCAUUCCACACGACUGGGCAUCCAAGCACCCCCAGGUGGCAGAGCUGGUGCGGCUGCUGCUGAGCCCGUUACCCAGUGACCGCCCGUCAGCAGCGGAGGUGCUGCGAUGCGACCUCAUGCCGCCGCGCAUGGAGGAUGAGGCACUCAACGGCAUCCUGCGUGCCAUCCAGUCUCCGGGAGACGACUUUUCCUCCUCUUCCUCCUCCUCCGCCGUGUAUGACCGCGUGCUCGCCGCCAUCUUCGCCCGCCUCCCCGCCACCCCUCCCUCCUCCGCGCCCACCCCACCACCUGUGCGCGCGCUGCCGGGCGGGGGCGGGGGGGAGGAGGAGGAGUGGGAGCGGGGGGCGGUGCAGUGGACGGGGGGGAGAGAGGCGUUCAUGGCGGGCGUGGAGCGCAUCUUCCAGAAGCAUGGCGCCCUGCGAUCGGAUACUCGCAUCGUUGACUUCGCGUAUCCCGACCGCCGCACCCACGAGCUGGCAGUGCGAGUGGUGGACGCACAGGGCUCGCUGCUCUCUCUGCGCUACGACACCCGACUCACCUUCGCCCGCUGGGUCGCCGCCACACAGACCUCGUCUCUGAAGCGCUUCCAGUUCUCCUCUGUCUUCCGCCGCGCUCCCGGUCGCCGCCCCCCUCACGACUACCUGCAGGCAGACUUUGACAUUGUGGGAGGGACGCCUGUUCUGGCGGAUGCUGAAGCCAUCAAGGUGGCCGUGGAGGUGGUGGAGGGGAGUGGGGCGGCAUGGGGGGCGGUGGAGGUGCGGCUGAACCACCGCGAUCUGCUGUCAGCCAUCUGGCAGUGGGCGGGGGUCACACGCCCACAGGUCGCCAGUGUCGCCCAGUUGCUGGCGCUGCUGGGCGGCUCCCCCCCCACAGCCCCCUCCCGCAAGGCCGCCUGGCCUCUUGUUCGCCGCCAGCUGCUGCAGGGAGUGGGGCUGAGUGAGGCAGUGGUGGAUCGCCUGCAGGCGGUGGAGAAGCGCUUCAGUGGGCCGGCAGACGAUGCCAUGGCCCGCCUCACAGGGGCGCUGCCUCCAGGCCCACUGGUGGCGGCAGCGCUGGGCGAGCUGGGGGAGCUUCUGGCGCUGCUGCGAGUGUGGGGCAUCCACCCCGCGUGCACCACCAUCGACGCGCUCAUGGCGCCCUCCCACCACUACUUCUCCAAAUGCUUCUUCCAGGUCCACGCAAGGCACCUGGCGUCUCAACCUCCCCAUCACCAGCACCACCACCAUCAUCACCAGCAGCAGCACCCCCUAAUCCCUAUCAGCACGCAGCGCACCACCGUGCCUGCUUCUGAUGCUUCCUUGCCUGCCGCUCGCUCGCUCUCCGCCUCGCCCCCAUCCCCCCUGGCCGCCCCCUGGUCGUCCUCGCCGCCCCUCUGGGUGGCCGUGGGCGGCCGCUACGAUGCCCUGCUGCUCCACCUCUCUUCCUCCUCCUCCGCCGCCGCCGCCGCUGCUGCCGCUGGGAGAGGAGCGGGCUCUCGGCAAAGAGGGGCAGGAGGCAGUGGGGGGGGGAGUGGGGCGGUGGGUGCGGUGGGGUUCAGUGUAGCGUUACACAAGCUCAUGGCGCCGUCACACCCAACCACUCACCACACUUCCAGGCAGGCAGCGGUAGAUGUGCUCGUGUGCGCCAGGGGAGGGGCGGGGCUGCUUAGCAAGAGGAUGGAAGUUUCUGCGCAGCUGUGGGCGGCAGGAAUCAAGGCGGAGUAUGUGUGUGUGCGGGCGCCGAGCCUGACGGAGCAGUAUGAGCACGCGCACGAGCACGGCAUCAAGUGGCUCGUGCUGCUCACCGAUGCCGGCCUGCACACCCACUCUGCCAAGGUACGGCAUCUAGAUCUGAAGACAGAGGAGGAAGUGAGCCUUGAUGAUUUGGUCAAGUUCUUCCUCGAGGCCUUGCCGUCUCUUACCACUUCUUGCCGCCGCGGGGCCACAGCACCAUCUGGUUUUGGCGCUGCUUGA